AUGACUGACGCACCUAAAAAACUCUGGGGAGGACGUUUCUCUGGCGCUGUUGACCCUCUCAUGGACGCCUUUAAUGCAUCCAUUCAUUUCGACAAACGUAUGUAUGCAGCAGAUUGUAUCGGUUCCAUUGCCUACGCCAAAGCACUUGCCAAAAACAACAUUAUCUCUGAAGCUGAGCGCGAUCAGUUGGUGCAAGGUUUGACCGAUGUCAUGGAAGAAUGGUCCUCUGGCCAAUUUGUGAUCAAGGCUGGUGAUGAAGACAUCCACACUGCUAAUGAGCGUCGUCUUGGUGAAUUGAUCGGCUCUGUUGCAGGUAAAUUACACACGGGUCGUUCUCGAAACGAUCAAGUCGCUACUGAUAUGCGUCUUUGGUUGCGUGAUGAGGCUCGCAAGAUUUUGGCUCAUGUCAAAGAGUUGAUUGCUGUCGCUGUCUCUCGUGCUGAAAAGGAGCUGGAUGUCAUUAUGCCUGGUUAUACCCAUUUACAGCGUGCUCAGCCUAUCCGUUGGUCUCAUUUCCUCUUGUCUCACGCCUGGCUCUGGCAAAGCGAUGCUGAUCGUCUGGAGCAAUUGAUUGACCGUUUCAAUGUCUUGCCUUUGGGCAGUGGUGCUCUUGCUGGUCAUGCUUUCAACAUUGAUCGUGAUUUCUUGGCCAAGGAACUCGGUUUCCGUAAUUAUAUCCACAACUCUUUGUAUGCUGUAAGUGAUCGUGAUUUCGUUGCUGAAUUCUUGUUCUGGGCAAGUUUGACCAUGACCCACAUCUCUCGUGUGGCCGAAGACUUGAUCAUUUACUCUUCUGGUGAAUUCGCCUUUGUCAAGCUGGCUGAUGCUUAUAGCACUGGCUCUAGUUUGAUGCCUCAAAAGAAGAACCCUGAUAGCUUGGAGUUGUUGCGUGGUAAAUGUGGUCGUGUCUUUGGUAAUAUGUCUGGUUUCAUGAUGUCCUAUAAGGGCAUUCCUAGCACUUACAACAAGGAUCUCCAAGAAGACAAGGAACCCAUGUUUGAUGCUGCUGAUACCUUAUCUGGCUCUCUCCAAAUCACUGCUGGUGUAUUGAGCACCAUGGAUAUCUUCCCUGACAAGAUGCGUGCUAGUUUGAGUGCUGAUAUGUUGGCUACUGAUUUGGCUGAAUAUCUCGUUCGCAAGGGUGUUCCAUUCCGUGAGACUCAUCAUAUCUCUGGUGCUGCUGUCAAGAUGGCUGAGGAUCGUAAGGGCUCUUUGAGCGAUUUGACUGUUGCUGAUCUCAAGACAUUGCACCCCUCCUUUGAAGAUGAUGUUGCCUCUGUUUGGAGUUUUGAGACCUCUAUUGAAAACCGCAAUGCCCCUGGUGGAACUGCUAAAUCUUCUGUGCUCGAACAAAUCAACUUACUCAAGACCUGGUUGUCCAAGAAAGAUUAA